AUGAUACGAUCGCCUGUCGAAGAAGAACGGCUAAGAAAUAAAUUUUUAUCUGCAAGAAUGGUAAUUUCCGGAAACGUUGUCAUGCCCGAAAAAAAAAAAGGUUUCAAUAUGCAGGUUAUGUCCGCAAAAAAGGCUGGAAAGAUGCCAAUGAGGUCGAUUAAAAGACUGUCCGAAUCGUCAUCAAGUUCACAGAUGGACCCUGUCAAAAUCGGAAAAUUGACGAUGCGUCCGUUCAAAAGACAGGCAGAAUCAACAUCUUCGAAAAGAAAUUCAAAGGUCUUACGAAAAACAAUGGAAACCUUAGUAGGGGAAGCUGGAGGACGACCUACACUAAUGAACGAUCCAGAAUCGUCUACAUCCAAAGAGAGGCUAAGAUAUACACAUAAGAAUCCCAUCAAAAAAGAUAAAACAAUGCUAUACAUGUUGGGAGAUCAUGUCAUUGAUAUGUUUGACCAAUCCCUUAAACAAUGUAAUGCCACCGAAUUACGAUACAAAAGACUAGAUCAGACAACGAAAACAGCCAUGUUCAUGCAAACAAGAAAGUAUGAAAACACCAUGAACACCUUAAACGAAAAGAUCAAAAUCUUGGAAGAAAAGAAUAGCCACAUCAUGGACCCAAAAGGUAUUCCCCAACAUCACCAAGACGACGAGAAGGAUGACAAUAACGAUGAACCAAUCACCAGACUCGAGAAAUAUGAACGAGAAAUCGGUAUACUUCACAUGCAAUUAUCAGCCUGUGAACAAUCCACCCAUAAAGCAGUGUCUCAUUAUGCUACCGAGCUAGAAAAGGAACGUCUCGAAUCAAGAAAACUCACUUCAAUCAUCCAAAAGCAGCAAAAUACCAUCUCAUUGCUCGAGAGCCAAUUAACAGAGACCCAAUUUAUUUUGCGUACGUCUUCUUCAUCACAAAAACCUGAAGGACAUGGUAGUCAUGACUUGAUUAAAGCCUUGGUGGAUUUACAGAGCAUGGAACUGGAUGAUAAAAAACAUUUGUUGGCAAAUUUAGUGAAUGAGCGUGAGAUCCUGUUACAAAAAAUUGAUGAAUUGAAUAAUCCAUCCUCAAUUUCUGUGCAUAAGCAAAGGAAAUUAAACCGUCAUCAAGAUCGUUCCUCUAUUGAUUUGCUUGCACAAAUCGCCAGCGCCAACCUUAUCCAGGAUGAACCUAAAUCAAAUUCAAUGUCAUCCUCUUCAAGUUCAGGCAGUGUCUUGUAUUUCUCUACAACACCUCCACCCACACCUCCUCCAUCAUGUGCACUUCCGCUUCCUCCAUCUGAGCACGCACCAAACUUAUGCACCAGUAUAAUGCUGCCGCUUAAGAAAAACCAGUCAGAGACAUUUACGAAUAUGAUCCAGCCAUUCUCAUCCACUGAUCACCAGCCAAAUGCAUCUUCUAGUUUCAGCCGUCCACCAUCGCCACCCGAAUGUCAGUCAGGAGAAUCAAAUAGUCUGGUGCCAACCAUUGAAACCCAGCCAAAAGAAUCUAAACGUGCUAGAGAGCCAUCUUUAUCAGAUGAACAAAAUCAGCCAGAAGUACCCACUCAUUUCAUGCGCCUACUUUCACCACCACUUGAAGACAAUUCUGAUAUCAAAACGCUGAGGGAAGAUGAACGGAAAGAAUCCGAUAGCGCAGACAAUUCCGCACCUGUCUCACCCAAACUGAGUCCUAGAACAGCCUAUCUAAUGAAUAAGAAAAAGGUCAACACAGAUUGA